AGCUUCCCUCCUACCCAAAGCGUCUUCCGGUGGGAAAGACUGAAUCGUGACCCGGUAGCAUUUCUUCCUUCCUUUCCUGUUUCAGCCUCGCACCGAGACGUACAUAGAACAAUGGCACCACGUAAGGGUAAGGAAAAGAAGGAGGAACAGGUCAUCAGCCUGGGUCCCCAAGUUGCUGAAGGCGAAAAUGUUUUCGGUGUGUGCCAUAUCUUCGCAUCAUUCAACGAUACCUUUGUGCAUGUGACUGACCUCUCUGGCAAGGAAACAAUUUGCCGGGUGACUGGUGGCAUGAAGGUCAAGGCUGACAGAGAUGAGUCUUCUCCGUACGCUGCCAUGCUGGCUGCCCAGGAUGUUGCUCAGAGGUGCAAAGAGCUUGGCAUCACUGCCCUGCACAUCAAGCUGAGGGCUACUGGUGGAAACAGAACCAAGACUCCCGGACCUGGUGCACAGUCAGCUCUGAGGGCCCUGGCCCGUUCAGGCAUGAAAAUUGGACGCAUCGAGGAUGUCACCCCUAUUCCAUCAGACAGCACUCGGAGAAAGGGAGGUCGCCGUGGACGUCGUCUGUAAUUGAUCUGGGUUUUUCACUCAAUAAAAAGUCAAAUACUGA